AAAUUUCCGGAAGCUGACUGUCAGGUGACUUGUUUGUUGAAGAUCUGCUCUGACUACACACAUAAAGCAACAUCAUUGUGUCUCUAAAGAAAUCCCUGUUCUGCUUUCCCCUUUCCCCUUUCUGCCUACCUUUCCGUUAUCUUUCCCAGUCCCGGAAUGGAUGAAACGAGCCCGCUGGUGUCCCCUCUGCGGGACUCGACUGAUUUCAGCUACUGCCCCACGGAGCCUACCAGUCCCCGAGGCGGAUUUGGAGGAACACCGGGUUCUGUCGUACGCAUUCCGGCUGGGAGUCCUGGAAGGAGUCGUGAACGUCAGCCACUGUUGGACCGGGACCGAGGAGCAUCCCCGCGGGAUCCACACCGAAAUGAAUUUCCAGAAGAUCCGGAGUUCAGGGAGAUAAUUCGCAAAGCCGAGCGAGCAAUCGAUGAGGGAAUUUAUCCAGAGAGAAUCUACCAAGGAUCCAGUGGUAGUUACUUCGUAAAGGACUCUCAUGGGAAGAUCAUCGGCGUGUUCAAGCCCAAGAACGAGGAGCCGUACGGGCAGCUGAACCCCAAGUGGACCAAGUGGCUGCAGAAGCUGUGCUGCCCCUGCUGCUUCGGCCGCGACUGCCUGGUGCUCAACCAGGGGUACCUCUCGGAGGCCGGCGCCAGCCUGGUCGACCAGAAGCUGGAGCUCAACAUCGUGCCUCGGACCAAAGUUGUCUACUUGGCCAGCGACACCUUCAACUACAGUGCCAUAGACCGAGUAAAGUCACGGGGGAAACGGCUGGCCCUGGAGAAAGUCCCCAAAGUGGGACAGCGCUUUCAUCGCAUCGGCCUCCCACCGAAGGUGGGCUCGUUCCAGCUGUUCGUGGAUGGCUACAAGGAUGCAGACUUCUGGCUGCGGCGCUUCGAGGCCGAGCCGCUCCCAGAGAACACAAACAGGCAGCUGCAGCUCCAGUUCGAGAGGCUGGUGGUACUCGACUACAUCAUAAGGAACACUGACAGAGGAAACGAUAAUUGGCUGAUAAAAUACGACUGUCCAAUGGACACAUCAGGCAACCGGGAAACUGAUUGGGUGGUGGUAAAGGACCCUAUUAUAAAGCUGGCGGCCAUAGAUAAUGGCUUGGCGUUCCCCUUAAAACACCCAGACUCCUGGAGAGCAUAUCCGUUCUACUGGGCAUGGCUGGCCCAGGCAAAAGUGCCCUUCUCUCAAGAAAUCCGAGACCUUGUUUUGCCUAAACUGGCGGAUCCAAACUUCAUUAAAGACCUGGAAGAGGAUCUAUAUGAGCUUUUUAAGAAAGAUCCUGGUUUUGACCGAGGGCAGUUCCAUAAGCAAGUAUCUGUUAUGAGAGGCCAGAUCCUGAACCUGAGCCAGGCCCUGAAGGACGCCAAGACGCCGCUGCAGCUGGUGCAGAUGCCGCCGGUGAUCGUGGAGACGGCGCGGGCGCCUCAGCGCGCCAACAGCGAGUCCUACACGCAGAGCUUCCAGAGCAGACGGCCCUUCUUCACCUGGUGGUGAUGAACUCUCCGCCACCGCCACCCACUACCCACCACCACUACUAUUACUACUACGGCAAGUCCGAAGGGACAAACACACAAGGAAACAAAAAAGAAAAAGAAACCACACGCGACGCGAGGCAACACUGUAUACCUCUUUUUUUGUGUUUUGGUCAUCUUCCUCUUUAUCAAGCAAAAGAAAGGCCAAGGCUGGAGGAGAAGAAUUGCAAGACUGAGCAGCAAAGUGAAAAGAUAGAGAGAGGAAGUAGGGGAUGGAAAAAAGAGGACUGGAAGAAGUGAGAGAAGAGUGAUUCAUUCUCUCACAAGUCUCUCGCUUUUGUUUAGCACCUUCCUUGUCGUUUUGGGGGUUGUCUGUCAAUCCUGCUGUAUGGGAGGUUUUGCCUUCGAGAAAAGAAAAAAAUAAAUAAUUAACUUGUCAUUUUAAGACUAAUUCUCACUAAAAACAAAAAAAGAAAAAGCCUUCUAUAGGAGACUGACGGAAGAGGCACCUGAGUAAUAAUAAUAAUAAUAAUAAGGAUGAAGGUUCAUUCCUGUUCUGUGCAGACAAAGAUGGAAAAAAAGGACCCGCAUGAUUCCUGUGACUGGUUCGUUAGUGCUUUAACUGAUCAUUUGUACGUUUCGGAAGGUUGACGCCGCUGAAUUUCUUUUCUUUUUUUUACUCUUUUCUUUUUCGCACUAUCCGUCUAAAAAUAAAUGCAUGCUCAUCAAAAGCGGGUCUCCAUAAUAACCUGGGUCUGUUUUUUUGUCAUAUGAAAAACACAGGGUUGUAGAGACGAGGUCGCAGAUGUGCACACUUUUUUUUUUCCUCUUUCUUUUUUUUUUUUUUUUUUUUUACUUGCAUCACACAUCUGCUCUGAAACAGUCAAUAUGUUUAAGGAGAGAUGUGUAUUGUGAUUCGAUCCACAACCCUGUUGUUCAGGGUUCCAGGGUACUGAUUGGAGGAAUAAUGAGCGUCUAGCUAGCACUACAUAGGCCGAGUAAUGAGCUGAUGGGGUAGUUCACACUAACUGAACAGGGGCACAAUGACGCAACUUUCCAGUUUCGUAUACCUGUGCCCCUGAUCAGUUAGCAUUAGCAGGAAUCUCAUAUCUGGUGUAUGCUGUUGAAUCCUCUUUCUGUCUCCCAACAGCACCCUAGAACUCAAAACGGCAAUAACCUAUGACUUGGGGACAGUGAAUGAUGUUCUUUCACUGUCCAUGUGCCAGACUGCUCAGUUUAUUCCAUUGCCUGUCGUUAACUCUGGAGCUAUGGGUCGAUGGCUUCAUAUACACCCAACUUCUCCUUUUUUUUCAAGGACUGCAUACCGUGCAGCAGUUAGGAGAUAUGGGUUUGCCUUAGGCAUUCCAAUUGGUUGUCUUUUUUGAUGGGUUCAGGUCUGUAAUUCAUAGGACGUAGUAAUAUGCUGUGACAGGAAAGACUUUUUUUCACCAAUCUGUUCUUUGUUCGUUUUUUAUUAUUAAACCAACCCUUUACUGUUACAUGAAACUGGCCCACAUAAUAUUGUGACAACACACUGUAUAAUUUGUAUGUAAUGUAUUUAAUGUAAGAUUAUAAGACUAUAACAAAACCCCUUGAUCAUCAUUGGCUCCUUUAUUUUGUAACUUCAUGUUUUUAAUGGAUCACUUUCAACAGGUGUCUUUCAGCACCCCAAAUCAUGUUUAUUCAUACAUGCAUUGUGUAUUGCUGAACGGUAACAACUACAAAAAAAAACAACAUUACAUUAGUGUUGAUAAUGUGGUCCUCUGGACGUUUGCACAUUCAUGUAGUCAUAAGAGAACGACGGCUCUUCAUACAGCUUUUGUUUUUCAUUAAAGGUGCACUGUGUAAUA